AUGACCGAGCAUGUGGCUCUGCUGCCGAGCGGCAAUCAACUCGAAUCAGACGUUGCUGCCAAUCAGGCCAGUCUUGCGCCAGGGACAUGCUUGAAUUGCCGCCGCCAAAAGCAGCGCUGCGACAGAAUCAUCCCUCAAUGUUCUCGGUGCUCAACGAAGGCAAUUCGAUGCGUUUAUCCUACCAAAGAUCACGGCGCCGUUGGCGGACUUGUGCCAGUGUCGAGCAGCACAAGUCAUAUGCUAAUACCUUGUUCCCGGCCUUGCAGCUUCCAUCUAUCUCCUCACGGCGAGCGCGAUUUACUCUGGGCAGCUUGUUCAAGGCAGGGCUCAUACAUGCAAGGCAGCUAUUCUCAGCCGACGCUGUAUCACGUUGUGAGAGACAUCUUUGACCAUAGCGGCAUCAGCGUAACAGAUGUCGUAACCAGAUACUUUGAUCUGGCACAUUACUGGCUACCAAUUCUAGACAGAAGAGCCAUUUAUGACGAAGCAGCACGUUUCAAUCUGGAUGAGGUAGGCAACCAUGACGCGUUUGCCUUGUUGCUUCUUUGUAUGCAUACCUUCACCGAGAGACCUUGCGAAAACCAACCUCAGCCGACACAAAACCUUUUAUAUCGCACUUUACGACAGCUAUUUGUCAUUCUACAAUCAUCUCCAGAUAUCCUUGCUCGCACUUUGCUACAAUGUGGCAUUAUCCUGACGGCAUAUGCAUGCGGCCAUGGUAUGACUAAAGAGGCGUACGAGACAUUGACGAUAUGUAUCGGCCUUAUUCGCCGUCUCAGCAUCGACAGUUAUGCGACAGCAGAACCCAGUAUGGGAGCGGGCCAUGGCCUUUACGAUCACUUGGAAUUGGAUCUUUGCUGGAGUGGUAUAAUUCUACUGGAUAGGACUAUUGUUCUGUCCAACAUCGACCAGUGCCUGCCAUAUUUGGUAGAAGCGCACCAUAUUCCGCCAAAUUCUGGCAUCUUUCAGGCAUCAAAGUCGGAUCUUUACAGCCGGGAUGCUAUCCGCAACCUGUUGGCACGAGCAGAGCACGUUCUCCGCCUCGGUGACAUGCUAAAGAAUGUAAAUGGACCCGACGCAGAAAAGUACGAAUUUGUCGAAACCGCCGUAUGCAAUGAAAUUGCCGACUUUAUCCGUACCACCGAAGGAGGCAAAUUUCCUCUCUGUGAAACGGUUGCUAUGGCACUUAGUGCUCUAAUCAUGCUGUAUCGCAAACAAAAUUAUUAUAGGAUGUCGAUCGACAACUUCACCGUACUCAGAGCAGUCCUGACAUUCAACAGCAUACACAACAUGAUCAUGGACACAUGUCGUGACGAAGCCGAAUGGGUCCAGGCGCACGGCUGGUCUAACAACAGUAGGCCGUGCUUCCUUGGACUUUGCUGCCUAUAUGGCGCUGCCGCUCACUUGGACGAGCUUCGCGCGGAAGGUUUAUCGAGAGAGGAUGUUUGGACGCUAAGAAAUUCCUUGGUAGAAUUCUCACAUCGUUGGAAACUUGGAGAACGUUUCUUGAAUCAUCUCAACUCGGUGAAAAGAAUAAGUGAUGUGCCAAAUCAAGGCAGCGCUUCUUGA